AUUAUAACAAAACAACAAAAUUAACAAUUUAAAAAAUUUGUCGAAAUGUAACUUCAUCAAUAUAUACAUACGGAAAAACAUCGAUAUUUAAAGAGAAUGAUGAUCAAUACAAAUUGAUCAUUAUUCCACGUGAGCAAAGGUUAACAGUUUCAAAUCGAAAACAGGUUACCAUGUUGCAUUUUCAGAAAAAACAAAUAAUUAAACAAAUAUCAUACAAAAUUAAUCAUACUUUUGAAAAAAAAAUUAAAAAAUUGAGAUAUUUUUAAAUAUAAUUCUUCAAUAGACAAAUUCUGUUAUACCUUUUAUAUGUACAUACAUAGUUUAGGUUCAUCACAUUUAAAUAAAAAUUUACCCAGUUGAGUGAUUUUCAAUUGAUAAUGUUUAUAUCAAAAAAAUUGCUAAGAGGUGCUGCUCUUGGAAUAAUUGGAUUGGGUACACUAGCAUCUUUAAGAGCAAAUGAAUAUGAUUUGGGAUCUAUAGGUAUUGUACGACUAGGACGUGCUGCAAUUACUGUUUUUAUAAUUGGAAGGCAUUAUAAGAACAAAUUGUAUGACAGUAAUUUAACUCCAAAUACUCAAGAAUAUCUUGAUUUAAAAUCAGAAGUACAUAAAUAUGGAGCACAAAAACUAUUAGAACUUUGCUGUGCCAAUAAAGGUGUUUAUAUAAAAGUAGGUCAACAUAUUGGUGCACUAGAUUAUUUAUUGCCAUCAGAAUAUGUUAAUACAUUGAGGGUGUUACAUAGUUCAGCACCACAGUCAUCCUUUAAAGAUGUACUCACUGUUAUUAAAGAAGAUUUCAAGAAAGAUCCAUAUGAAAUAUUUGAAAGUAUUGAUACUGAACCUUUAGGCACUGCUAGUUUAGCACAAGUUCAUAAAGCUAUAUUAAAAAACGGUGAUGUUGUGGCUGUUAAAAUUCAACAUCGAUCAGUAAAAACAAACUCUUAUGUAGAUAUAAAAACUAUGUCAACCUUAGUAAAAUUAACAUCAUUAGUUUUUCCUGAUUUUAAAUUUGAUUGGCUUGUUGAUGAAACUAAGAAGAAUAUUCCUCGAGAAUUGGACUUUACUCAAGAGGGAAAAAAUGCAGAAAAAAUUCAAAAUAUAUUUUCACAUUAUCAUUGGUUAAAAAUACCAAAAAUACAUUGGGACAUUUCAUCAUCCCGAGUUCUAACAAUGGAAUUUCUGGAAGGAGGUCAAGUUAAUGAUUUAAAAUACAUUCAAAACAGUAAUUUAAAUCCAUAUGAAGUUAGCAGUAAAUUAGGCCGGCUUUAUAGCCAUAUGAUAUUUAUUGUGGGUUUUGUACACUCAGAUCCACAUCCUGGUAACGUUUUAGUUAGAAAAAAAAAUAAUGAGGCAGAAAUUAUACUUUUAGACCAUGGAUUAUAUGCAAAUCUUUCAAAUGAAUUUCGAUGGGAGUAUUCUAAACUUUGGUUGGCAAUACUUGAUGGCAAUAAAACUGCAAUGCAAACACAUUGUGCUAAUUUAGGUGUUGCAGAUAUGUAUGGUUUAUUAGCUUGUAUGGUAUCAGGACGAUCUUGGAAUACAAUCAUAACUGGUGUCCAGAAAACUAAAUAUAAUAUGCAAGAAAAAGAGGAAUUUCAAAAAGAAAUACCAAAUUUAUUGCCACAGAUAAGCACUGUAUUAGACAAAGUGAAUAGGCAAAUGUUAUUAAUUCUUAAAACAAAUGAUCUUAUGCGUUGUAUCGAAUAUUCUCUCAAAACAGAGUCAAGAAUGUCAGCAAUGUUGGAAAUGUCAAAAUGUUGUAUACAUUCUGUAUAUGGAGAGAAACUGAAAACCUGCACAAAUAUGUGGGAAAAGUGGAAAAUUUCUAUAUUUAAACAAUGGGCACUCUUUAAAUUAUCAUUAUAUUAUAUAUACUUAGGAGCAUUAAAUUUCAAUAUACAAAAUUCUGUUAAUUCAUUUAUGAAGAACGAGUUUUAUACAUUUUAGUAAUGAUUUUUUUCUAGAAAAAAUAUAUAAAUUUAU